AAAAAUGGGUCAACGAAUGAAAAGCAAGCCGUUGAAAGGUACGUGCUCGCCAUCAUUUUAAUCUCUGUGCUGAAUACAUCGUCCUCUGUUACUCAUUAUUCUAUACCCGAAGAACUGGACGAGGGCUCUAUAGUGGCUAAUUUGGCAACCGAACUGGGAUUAGAUGUCGGAACAUUGAGUAGACGCAGGAUUCGUCUCGACACUCUUGCAAAUAAAAAAUAUAUGGAAAUCAACAAAGAAACGGGAGAACUGUUCAUUGUGGAGAGAAUCGACCGCGAGCACAUCUGCACAACUAAAUCAGGAACAACGUGUGUCCUCAAACUGGAUGUCACGAUCGAAAACCCUGUGAGAAUGUUUAAUAUUGAGUUGGAAAUCCUUGAUAUUAAUGACAAUGCUCCACAUUUUAGAAGGGACACGAUGCAUUUGGACAUUUCAGAGUCGACGCCUGUGGGAGAAAGGUUUUCGUUAAACAAUGCGGUUGAUCCUGAUAUCGGCGUUAAUUCGAUUAAAACAUAUUACCUCGGCGAAAGCGAUCAUUUUUCGAUCGAGAUUCAGACAGGGAGGGAUGGAUCGAAAUUCACUGAUUUGAUUCUUAAAAAAGCUUUGGAUAGAGAACAUCAGGCCAUUCAUAAUCUGAUACUCACUGCUGUGGAUGGAGGGGUCCCCGCGCGCUCUGGCACUGCUAGCAUUAUUGUGCGCGUUCUGGACACUAAUGACAACGCCCCUCAGUUCAAUAAAGACAGUUAUACUAUAAAUCUAACGGAAAACGCGCCGAUCGGAAGUCUUGUGGUCAAAGUAAACGCGACAGAUAAAGACGAGGGAUCAAAUUCAGAUUUAAUUUACUCUUACAGUUUAUAUACAUCCGAGAAAACGCAGCAAACAUUCAGCCUGAAUCCUGAAAAUGGAGAAAUCAGAGUAAAAGAGAUGAUUAAUUAUGAGGAUUUCAGGAUCUAUGAUAUGGAAAUUAUAGCGACAGAUAAAGGAGUUAAUAGUCUCUCUGGAAAGUGUAAAGUUAAGAUUUUAAUCACAGAUAUGAAUGAUAAUCAUCCUGAAAUAUCUAUAAAAUCUUUCUCAAGUCCAGUGAAAGAGGAUAUAUCUGUAAAUACAGUAAUCGCAGUUGUUAGUGUGAGUGAUAAAGACUCAGGAGAAAAUGGACAGGUAGAUAUUCAUAUUUCUGAGGAUUUACCUUUUGCGCUCAAAGAGUCUUCUGAUAAUUAUUAUGAAUUAUUAGUUUCAGAACCGUUAGACCGUGAAAAGGUCCCAGAAUAUGACAUCACUAUCACCGUGACUGACAGGGGCCACCCGCCGUUAUCUGAUAAUGAAACUAUAACUUUAGAGCUGCUGGACGUUAACGACAACGUUCCUCAGUUCUCACAGUCAUUCUACACGAUACCUGUGAUGGAGAAUAACGCGCCUGGAGCUUUACUGAGCUCUUUAACUGCUCUAGACCCGGAUCUCCACGAGAAUCAGUACCUAGUCUAUUUUAUCAUAGAGAAGGAAAUAGCCAACACCUCCAUGUCCAUGCUGUUCUCCAUCAACCCGGAGAACGGCAAUCUUUACGCGCUCAAGACGUUUGACUACGAGAUAGAGAAGGAGUUUCUUUUCCACAUCGAGGCCAGAGACUCUGGCGUUCCUCCGCUCAGCAGUAACGUGACCGUUCACAUUAUUAUCAUGGAUCAGAACGACAACACGCCGCUUAUAGUGUCUCCGUGGCGCGCGCGCGGCUCGGUGGUGGAGGAGAAGAUCCCGAGAUCCACCGAUAAAGGGACUCUGAUCGCCAAAGUCAUCGCCAUAGACUCCGACUCGGUGCACAACUCUCGAAUCUCCUACCAGUUUCUCCACAACACGGACGCCACGUUAUUCAGCUUGGAUCAAUAUAACGGAGAGAUCCGGACCAUGAGAAUGUUCAGUUACAGAGACUCGCGCCACCAGCAGCUGGUUGUGAUCGCCAAGGACAACGGAGAGCCCGCGCUCUCUGCUACAGUCACCAUCAAACUGUCCACGGUGGAGACCGCCCUUAAGACCUAUGCUGACCUGACUGAGGUGCCUUUGGGAUACGACAUCUUCUCGGAUUUAAACCUGUAUCUGGUGAUCGGACUGGGCUCUGUCUCGUUUCUUUUGCUCAUCACUAUUUUGGUCACCAUCGUGCUGAAGUGUCAGAAAACGAAACCCAGCAAAGCGGCUCCUCCGUGCAGGAACAGUGUGAUCAGCGAGAGGAACUCCACCAUCGCGGACUCCACUCUGGUCUCCAACGAUGCCUACUGGUACAGUUUAUUUCUAGCAGAGACCAGGAAAGGAAAGCUGGUGGUCAGACAGCCUGUGCCAAAGGGAUCGAGGUACAUCGUGUCCAGUAUACCGAGGAGCACCGGACUGACCGAGACCAGCGACUCAGCUGCUUCUACUCUACAGAGAGUCGCUGUUCACCUUUAAAACGUAUCUGGCUAC